AUGUUGAUAAGCGAAAUGAAUGGAAAGCAGUCUUGUCAAAACAUAGAUAUAUAUAUAUAUAUAAGUCGCAUAGGACUUAAUUGCGUACAAGAUAAUAAUACUUAUAACAGAUUCCAAGAUUCAAUACAAAUAAUAAUGUCUUCUAAACUAUUUUAUAAUAAAUUAAGCGUUGCUUUACCGAAAAGUUUUGGACCGAUAGUAACCACAAAAAAAUGUUACGGUAGAGUAGCCAAGUUCAAUAGUAUACUGAUUAAUAAAUAUCAAGAGACUGAUAUUGAUAAGACUAAAUCGAAGCCUGUCAUUGUAGUUAGUUCUGAUAAUGACGACAUUGAGACAGUCGGCAAUCACAUACGAAAGUGA